AUGCUUCCCCCAGCACUCAAUAUUCCAAAAUGGCUUGAGGCCAACUCCCAUCUUCUCCAGCCACCAGUCAACAAUUACUGCGUAUACCACCCCUCUUCCCCGGCAACAGCCGGUUACACCGUCAUGAUCGUUGGCGGGCCCAACGCACGAACAGACUACCACAUCAACACCACGCCAGAGUUCUUCUACCAAUACCGGGGUUCGAUGCUGCUCAAGACGGUAGACACAUCAACGACACCACCUACAUUUCAAGAUAUCCCCAUCCACGAAGGCUCGAUCUUCUUGCUGCCGGCGAAUACGCCACACUGCCCCGUCCGUUUCAAGGAUACGGUGGGUGUGGUGAUGGAGCAGCCGCGAGCAGCGAAUGCCGUUGAUGUCAUGCAGUGGUACUGCAGGAAGUGUAGCAGCGUUGUAUGGGAGAAGCGCUUUAUAUGCACUGAUCUCGGGACGCAAGUCAAGGAGGUGGUGGAGGAGUUUGCUGCGGACGAGGAGAAGAGGCGAUGCAAGACGUGUGGAGAGAUUGCAGCGACGAAAUAUGGCGAGGGAGAAUUGGAACAACCGCCUUCGCAUCCUGAAUGA